UGACGGGCAGCGUCGAGGGCCAGAAAGCCGACGGGCGACGGGCUACGGGUUGCGGGCUGUGCUGUACUCUUUGGCCGCGAUGGAGGACGAUGCGCCCGUGAUUUACGGGUUGGAGUUCCAGGCACGAGCUCUAACACCUCAGACGGCAGAAACGGAUGCAAUAAGAUUUCUGGUUGGAACACAGUCUCUUAGAUAUGAUAAUCAGAUUCACAUCAUAGAUUUCGAUGAUGAGAAUAACAUUAUAAACAAAAAUGUUCUCCUUCAUCAAGUGGGUGAAAUUUGGCAUAUUAGUACCAGUCCUGCAGAUAAAGGUGUACUAGCAACCUGCUACAAUAAAACUUCAGACUGUAAAGUCAUGACAUGUGCUGCUGUUUGGAGGAUGCCAAAGGAAUUGGAAUCAGGCAGUCAUGAAUCCCCUGAUGAUUCAUCAAGCAACACUCAAACCCUGGAGCUACUCUGUCACCUUGACAACACAGCCCAUGGCAAUAUGGCCUGUGUUAUGUGGGAACCAAUGGGAGAUGGUAAAAAGAUUAUUUCACUGGCUGAUAAUAACAUAUUAUUGUGGGAUUUGCAGGAAAGUUCGACCAAAGCUGUGCUCUCUAGUUCUACAGCCUUGGAAGGGAAAGGACAAUUGAAAUUUACUUCUGGAAGAUGGAGUCCACAUCACAAUUGUACGCAGAUUGCAACAGCCAAUGAUACCACUGUUCGAGGAUGGGAUACACGAAGCAUGAGACAGAUAUAUUGCAUAGAAAAUGCACACGGACAGCUGGUACGAGACCUAGACUUUAAUCCCAAUAAACAGUACUACCUGGCUAGCUGUGGAGAUGACUGCAAGGUGAAAUUCUGGGACACGAGAAAUGUCACUGAACCAGUGAAGACACUAGAGGAGCAUUCCCACUGGGUUUGGAAUGUCAGGUACAAUCAUUCUCAUGAUCAGCUGAUCCUUACAGGAAGCAGUGACAGCAGAGUUAUCCUGUCUAAUAUGGUAUCAAUUUCUUCUGAACCAUUUGGGCAUAUGGUGGAUGAAGAUGAACUAAGUGACCAAGAGGACCAGCAUCAAGAAGAGAAGAUAAAGGAGCCCCUUCAGGACAGUGUGAUAGCUACCUAUGAAGAACAUGAAGAUAGCGUAUAUGCGGUUGAAUGGUCCUCAGCAGACCCAUGGCUAUUUGCCUCUUUAAGUUAUGAUGGGAGACUUGUUAUUAAUAGGGUUCCCAGAGCUCUUAAAUAUCACAUACUGUUGUAAUUCAUUUAGAUUAUGGUGCAGUUAUUAUCUUGAUGUACACAACUGGUAGGUAUUGUUUAUGGAUUUUUUUCCGGGAUCUAUUUUUAUUAAGUAUAAAUGUUACAAUUUUGUUAAGAAAAUCUGUGCUAAUAUAGAUAACUUUAAUUUCUCUUCUGUAUGCACCUCAGAAAACUAUGUUGCAUUUUCAGAAGACUGUACUAACUAGACAUCUGUUUUUUUGGGUUUCUUUUUGAGGGGCUAAUCACUUUGUGAAUUAUAAAGUUUCUGGAAGUAUUUAUUACUUCCCAUGCUAUUGCUUAAGAUACUGUGAUUUGUUUCGUAAGUGUUAUGCAAAUAUAGUGGAUUACAGAGGUGUUAUUACACUGAUAUAAAACAGGCAAUCAAAGGUGCAUGUAGCAGAAGUGAUCUACUCACACUUAUAAUAUUUUCUCUUUCUGAUAUAAGUAGCCUUCUGCUCUUAGCUAGGACCACAUUCUGACAGCUAGCCUGGAUGUUCUUCAACAUUCAAAAAUACAGUUUGGGAACAGUCUUAAAAGGCUUUCUUAAUUUAGGCUUUCUUAAUUCAGUCUAAUAUCUUAAACACUUUUUCUCUCAUUUUGUGUGUCCUGAGAAAAAAUGUUAAUUGUGAAGGUGCAACCUUCAAAAUAUAUUUUUUGUUUAAGUAUUAUGGUAGUAUCAACAAAGUACCAUCAUGUAAUUUGCAAACUAAAGGCAGUUAUGAGCUAUUGCAUUGGAAAAAAUAUUAGUCUUUAGUGGAAUCUCUUAUAUACGCCCAUGUUUAUAGGACUUUUACUGUAAUAUAUUUUGAAGGACUCUGGAGCAAUGCCAUUGUUUACCUGAAAAAUCUCUUCAACAUUUUUAAGUAGUCUCUCUUUCUUAUUCUUUUGACUCUGUACCAUUCUGCAGUAUGCUGACAUGAUGUAGCAGGCUUUCAACAAAGCAAAAAUUUGCUAUAUCCAACUCUUUGCAAUACCUGACCUAGGCAUUGGUGACUGUCUUGUUACAAAUGAUGAGAACAGCCAGAUGGUGGCCUGUAGGAGACAACCUGAAAUGUAGAUGGAAGGCGUGAUGAAACAUGGCUGUAUGUUCUGACACCCUCCCUUCCCCUUGCAUAUCUUGACUAAAGAUGAAAAUUCUGCUGCUUGUUCUUUGUCUGCUCAGACUAAUCACAGCAGUGAUCAUUCUCUGUUGCCUUUGCAUCACUAUUAUUUGCCAUCAACUUGAGAACCUGGGUCUCUGUGAUGGUGUUGGUUGUGGCAGCAGUGUGUAAGACCACUCUGAAGAAAUGGCAGUGAACAUGGGAUGGAAAGAUCAAUACCAACCUCUUCCUGCAAAUCCUGCUGUUGCUAUGGCAACUGUUGGUGUUAGUGUUGAGGUACAGCUUGCUGCUCACCUCUGCUUGUCCUUACACACUCUUGGAUCGAAGCACGUCCAAAUGUGAUUUGUUGUGUAUACACAGCUGCUUUUGUGAGAACAUGCUUUGAGACCAUGACUGACUGCUGUAGGCCAAAACAUGCAGAAAUGAUGAAAGCUGAAUUCUAGGUUUGAGUGUCUUAGCUUGUUUGGAAGAAUUCAUAGGAAUGAAGUAAUCCAAUUAAAUCAUCUGAGCUAUU